AUGUCCCGUGCUCUCGCUGCCUUCUCGCGAUCCCUGUUAACGCGUCCCUAUCUCAACCCCACGGAAACAACGGACCCAUCAGUCUUUUCUCCACUCAACAACAACUCAUCCAACCAUCGCCUCAGCCAUGCCAUGAACUCCGACAUCUCCAGUCCUCAUAUAUAUCCCGCGUACUGCAAUGCAAAGUCUCCAACAAUACAUAAAUUCUGUCCCUUGCGCGCGGUCGACGUGCAUGCCCUGAGUGGUGAUCAGGGGUACUACAUCAAUGGUAUGUUCACCUCCUCAAUUUGUUCCUCGCAAUGGAAAAAUCCUCUGUCUUGCACAGAUUGGGAGGGGCUCGGCGGUCUAGCUAAUAAGAUUGGGAAUAGCCAGACGUCUUUUUCAUCAUGGCAACCACCAGAUUUUGUGGGUGAUGCUUACGGGCUUGGUCGUCGCGGUAGACGAAUAUUAUGGGAAGACAAUUUUCACGGUUGAUGAUAGUAGUGGGAUGUGCAUCGAAUGCACUGCUCCAACGCCGAAAGCCAACCUUUCUAUAGAACCCGUCAUCAAUCAAAACCACCAAAUCAUCAAGAAAGAAGAGGCGAAUACCACCAGACCGACACCCGCGACACCAAAAAUACCGUGGGGCGAUAUGGAUGUAGGUGUGGUGAUUAAAAUAAAGGGUGGAAUCAAUACUUUCCGCAAUCAGAAACAGAUUGAGAUUGUGAAGAUAGAAAUAUUGAGAAGUACGGACCAGGAGGUCAGUUUUUGGAACUACAUUCUGGCGUUCCGGCAGAGGAUAUUGAGCGUUCCUUGGACUCUGACGCAGGAGGAAGAGGAUAAGUGUCGGCGGCAGGCGACCGGGGAGAGACAUCCCAAAAGGAAAGAGAAGACUGAAUCGAGGCCUGGAAUCACCUCCUACAAAAACAAAAUGGUGAACGAUGAAAAUCGAAACACAAAUGUCGCCAAGGGACAUAGAAAUCACGAAGCUAAGAAGAAACGCAGGGAGACCGAGGAACAGGAGAAGACGAAUUCUGAGGUCCAAAAUCUACAUCAAAUUGAGCAUGCGUGGUUGAGCUCCGAGCAUUAUUCUUCUCUCGUCAUUGAAGCCAGGGAAAAGAAACCUGACACUGUAAAGGUGUGA